AUGAAGAUAACUGUAUAAAAUGUCAAACUGGCACCUUUAAUAGUAUGUAAAAUAACAUUUAAUGUACUUAAACUUGUGUAUAAGGUUAUAUAAAUACACAAAACUAAUAAUGCGUUUAAUGCUUAGUCGAAGGAUGUAUCUAAUGUGAUGCUAGUUAAAAUUGCUUAAAAUGUGAUGUUAAUUUAUAACUUAGUUAAGAAAAUAAUAAGUGUAUUCUAUAAUAAAACUUUUGUGAAUCAAAUGCGGAGUUUAUUGAGUCCCCUUUUACACAAAGUUAAUGCUAAAAAAUAUGCUCCUCUUUCGCUUAUUAAAAUUUUGAAACUCAUCAAUGCGAGUAAAUACAAUAGUGCCCAUAUUUUGAAAGUAGUUUUAAUAAUUUCAAUUAAAGAAUAUUGUAAGUUAACUCAUUUUUAGGUAAUUAAUACUUUAUUAGAGGUAAUUAAUGCUAAUUUGCACUAGCCAACUAAAAUUUAGAGAUAAUCAAUUCAAAUAUUCUACAAAAUUUAAUUAAUUUUGAAGAAUUAUACAUGCAACAUGGGGUAGAAGUUAAUUAAAAAAGUUUUAUAAUAGGGAAUUAUGGUGGGUGCUUAGCAAAUAAGAGCUUAGUUAUUGUGA